CUUGACUCCUGUAUGUGCGCCGCGCGCGUCCCCCCCUUAGAAUAACAAGACGCUCUUACCCGAGACCACGUCACAUUAUCCCCGCGCCCUUAGCACGACGCUCGCGUAGUCUACACCUAGAAACGGUAUGAAGCAGUUCUGAGAAAAUGGCUACAAACGACACUUUCGCACUGACAUCUUGAAAAUUACAAAAUAACGAUGCCGUCCCGCGUGUUAAGUGCGCGAACGGGAAGCGGGGAGGUGAGCGUGGCGGACAGCCCGCUCGCCACCUUCGAGUCGCUAACACAAGCCGCCGUCAUCGCGGUUAUGGGUGUGGCCAUCGUUGUAUCGAACCUUCUUAUCAUUGCUGCUUUCCUCAACUUCAAAGGUUUAUCGAAUGAGGUUAUCAAUUAUUACCUCCUGUCACUGGCAGUUGCAGAUUUGCUAUGUGGCCUUUUCGUGGUUCCUCUAUCUGUUUAUCCCGCUAUCACUGGCCGAUGGAUGUUUGGAGACCUCAUGUGUCGAUUGGCCGGAUACGUCGAAGUUACGCUUUGGUCCGUCUCAGUAUACACAUUCAUGUGGAUCUCAGUGGAUCGGUAUCUCGCCGUGAGGAAACCUCUCCGUUAUGAGACGGUUAGUUUGACGGUACAAACUCGCACGCGAAGCCAAUGCUGGAUGGUAUUCACCUGGAUAUCUGCCGCUAUGCUCUGUUGUCCGCCUCUCCUUGGAUACAAAAAGGAAGCUAAUUUCGAUAAGGAAACUUUUAUUUGUAUGUUGGAUUGGGGAACGACGUAUGCUUACACGGCGACUUUAGUUAUUCUAGUUCUCGGGCCGAGCGUUAUUUCAAUAGUGUACAACUACUUCUACAUAUUCUCCAUGAAAAGAAAAUUGAAUAGCGGUGCUCCGAUCCACGAUAAGGAAUACGCGACUGCGCUAGCUGAGAACCUGUCUAACCCGAGUCAUUGGAUGAGCUUCAUCCUUGUCACAGCGUUUUGGCUCAGCUGGGCUCCGUAUUCAGGCGUCAGGCUCUACGAGUACUUCACUGAUCAGGAGCUUAAGAUACCAAUGCUUCACUUCGGCGUCGUAUGGCUCGGGAUUUUAAAUUCUUUUUGGAAAAUCGUCAUUCUCAUAUCUUUUAGCCCUCAAUUUCGACUCGCACUAAGGAUAUUGUGCUUAACAGCUUGCUGUCGAACGAAAGGCCGCCUGCAAGCUGAAUUGAUUGGCAUGGACAAUGAUGAUUAAUUUAACUAACCAUAACGUUUACUAAAUUCUAAAAAUUACUUUCAAUGUUUAUAUAUGUUGAAUUUUUAUUUAUUUUUGGUGAAUUGAGGGUUUAGAGGUAAUACUUUGUGGGUUUUUGAUUUCUAUUUUAUGUAUCGUUUUGAUUUGCUUACGUUAAAUCAUAAUGCGAACACAAAAUGUUAGAAUAUAAUAUAAGACUGAGAACAGACGUCCAGUUUUUAAGUAUCGGUAAAUUAUUAUUAUAUUGGUUAUUAUUAGUGGU